GCCGUGGACAAGUGUGUCCCGGUGCACGGACUGCGAUCCUGGACUGAUUACGAGUACCGGGUGUACGCCUGGAACGGCCGAGAAGAGGGCAUCGGAAGUCCCAUUGACCGAUUCGCCACGCGCAUCGACUACUGCCAGAUGAACGUCUGCAAGCACGGCUCCUGCGAAGCCACCGAAGCGCUGCCCGGUUACCGUUGCCUCUGCGAUCCGGGCUUCUACGGCGAGGCCUGCGAGCACUUCGACCCGUGCUCCGAGAACCCGUGCAAGACGUUUGGCACCUGCGUCAACAUCAGCGACGGCGAGUACCGCUGCGACUGCUUCACGGGCUUCUCCGGCCGCAACUGCUCCGACUUCAACCCGUGCCUGCUCAAGCCGUCCGCCUGCCUCCACGGUGGUGUGUGCGAGUCCAACUCGUCUCACACCUUCACGUGCCACUGCGUGGACGGUUACUACGGCAAGACGUGCCACCAGUACGACCCUUGCUUCUCCUCUCCCUGCUUGCACGGUGCCCGUUGCCUGAACGAGUCGGACGUGAAGUUCAGCUGCCAGUGUCGGCCGGGAUAUGCCGGUGAGCUUUGCGAAGAGAACAUUAACGAGUGCCUGUCGAGCCCGUGCAAAAACCACGGAGACUGCGAAGAUGGCAUCAACAGCUUCACCUGCCAUUGCGCACCGGGAUACGGUGGUUCACUUUGCGAGCUCCGAGACACUUGCCCAGAAGAGAUGCAGCAGACAGACAAGGGUGCUUUCCAUUGGCAACCCGUUCCACAUGGUUCAGUGGCCAAAGUAGAAUGUCCGUAUGGUGCCUACAAUCCGGCCAGCGAGUACAAGUACGCGAAACGGAAGUGCCGCCUCUUGGCCGACGGUCAGACCAGCUGGAUGAAGGUGUCGGCGCAGCACUGCCGGUACAAGAGCUUCCAGGCGGCAGAGAACAUCACCUCCGAGUUGGAGUACCUGACGCACGACCCGCGAAGCAUCCGGCCUGAAGAGCUUCGAAACUUUGCCGACAAGAUCGAGCCCAUCGUUGACUACGCCAUCAAGGACAUCAAAAUCGCACAAGCCAUGAUUCACGUGAUAAGCAACUUCCUCGCUCUGAAUGACAGCGUCAUCGAAGAAGGAGACGCCAACGGAGCGGCUGUGGAGAAGCUGGUUUCGGUUGUGGAGAGGUUCACCUCGGAAGUGGUGCUGGGACCCGGAGCUCUCAUCAUCGAGAACGAGAACCUGGUGGUCAAGGCGGUAGCCUGGUCGCCCAAGCUCCUGUCUCAGGGCCAGGACUUCCUAAGCUUUUCGCUGCGUUCCAACGGAGACCGCUACCUGCACGAGGACUUCUCCGGAGAUGGAGACGACCAGGAUAGCGAAGAAAAUAUUGUGAUCACUAUCCCGUUCGAGGCGUUGUCGAUGGCCAUCAACAGCUCUCUCAUGGCCGCUGGCGAAGCCUAUCGCCCCAUUCACGAAGUGGAGAAAGGGCCACGCAUAUCUUUCGUGUCCUACAGGAACGACAAGUUCUUCCGGCCACAUCGUUACGGUCUCGCCUCCCUGGUUAGCACAGGACAAGUGGUGCUAUCAGCCAAGAUCGGAGACCACAAGAUCGAAAACCUCACUGAUCCUUUAAUCUACUCGUACCCUACUUACAGCGCUGGAAGAUACGUGUGCGCUUUCUGGGAUGAACACCGUAAACAGUGGUCUACAGUUGGCGUAACAACCAAUCUGUCGGGAAACGUCACCGUUUGCACAUCGACUCACAUGACUGCGUUCUCCUUACUUCUGGAUCCACUACCCGGAACGGCACUGGCACCCCACCACUACCGCAUUCUCUCACUUAUAUCCUACGUUGGAUGUAUCAUGUCGAUUGUCGGACUUUUCUUCACCAUUCUCACCUACUCCCUCUUCAGGUGCCUCAACAAAGACCGCUCGGGCAAGAUCCUGCUCAACCUGUGCUCGGCCAUGCUCCUGCUGAACAUGGCCUUUCUUGUGGGAUCCCUGCACCAACGAUUUCCCAGGAUCGAGUUGUGCCUGGGCACGGCCGUGGCCACGCACUACUUCUUGCUAGCCUGUCUCACCUGGAUGGGUGUCGAGGCGGCCAACAUGUACCAGAUGCUCGUGCACGUCUUCGCGUCCUCGGAGACGUGCUUCAUGCUCAAGCGCGUUCUCGUCGCCUGGGGUAUUCCAGCAGUCAUCGUUGGCACCUGCAUGGCCAUAGAUUUGGAGCCUUACAGAAGCCAAGAUGACUACUGCGUGAUAUCAUCCAGAAAUCCCCUCAUUUACUACAUCGCAUUCCUCGGCAUCUCCUGCUUCAUCCUUUUCGUCAACCUGCUCGUCUUCAUCAUGGUGACGCGGGUGCUGUUCAAGCCGCGAAUGUCGGGAGCCACCUCCAAAUCCUCCAACCACAACUCGACCUCAUCUUCCAAUUCCGGCACCGCCAACCCACUACCAAUCACCGCGGCCCAAGUUCGCGGUGCCUUCACCGUAAUGACCCUGCUCGGCGUCACGUGGAUCUUCGGUGUCUUCGCCGUCGGCGAAGCCAGGACCGUGUUCCAGUACGUCUUCUGCGUGUGCAACUCGAUGCAGGGUUUCCUCAUCUUCGUGGUGAGGGUGCUCCAGUAUCCGGAAGCCCGAGCAGCCUGGGCUCAGCUCGCCACAACGGGGACGUUCAAGAAGAACCGUGGGCCUGCACCGCAGGUCGCCUCCUGGAGUGCCUACUCUAAUCCAAAGCGCAAUAGCCACUCGUCGAUGGUGCGGGUCACGUCCAACAACACUGACAGCACGAGUACUGUUGUGUUCAACAGCAACAUGUGGAACAAGGGAACCGGAAGCGGUAGUCCAGUCAGUGCUCACGACCCCACGAGGCUAUCGCGCUUUUCUAGUGUGGGCAGCUUGCUGAAGAACUGUAACCUGCAGAGGGCUGACAAGAACACAAGCACUCUGAAUAGGAAAGAAAAGGCCUCCUCCAAGGCAACAGCCGACGAACUUCGUGCCAAACCGAACCACAAGGAAUUCUACUCGUCCGAAGACCAAGUUACGUCCCUCGUACCUGACCUCUAUGCUGGCCAGGAGCACCAAAUCAAGAGCCAUGGUGUCAGCGCACCUGACUCGCUGAAGUACAUGGACGACGACUCACGAAGCACGGUCACGACACUGGGUCUGGGUGCUAACCAGAAGGCUCACAUCUUGUUCGCCUACACGGAAGCCGAUGCUACCCCCAUGCGCGUUAAUGGCGUAGUGCACUCUCCGUUGGACAAGCCAAAGCUGGAAUCAUUCAGCACUUUCCAGAGGUCUUCGCCCGUGCCAGCCAGCACGCCUAGAAUUCCAGAACUACCGAGGUCCUGGAACACCACAUGUGCCACUACAGCGGUCAUGGCUGGAGACGCGAACGUAGUCGUUCCGGAUCACAACGCUGUGCGCGGCUCGACAAAGAUGACAGAGGAGACGUCGUUCGUGACAUCCGAAGGAACAAGCAUCUCAGUAGCCUCUUGAAGAAUCGGCAGUAGUGACAUAGUCGUGUUUCCCAAGUUUUUGACAAUGACGAAGGGCAGCCUAUUGCUUUUUGCGCCAAGAAACUGGGUAAACAAACUCAGCUCUUCAAAAGUACAUAGACUGGAGAACGGAACUGGGUGCCUUCUGUUCAGCAUCUCACUAAGUGAGACACAUUGCAACGGGUUCGCAAGCGAGGACUUCAUGAAGGCAAGCUACCGUCAUCCCGGGCUAGGUGCAAUAAACAGGCUUCUUGUCCACCUGACGGUGUUGGACUGUACAUGUGUCAGCGUUCCGGAAGCAUUGGUUUUUGUGCUACUCUACAGUCAUUGGGCUGCGUUCCAACCUCCAUGUUAGAGCGCUCGUCCAAGCAAGACUCGAGGACCCUGCCAUCCUUAAGAGCCAUCCACUGUUUGUUUUAGGCUCUAUGAUUCUUCGCAACAAAGACUGCUCGCGCACGAAAGGCCUAUUCUCAGCGCUGACCUUUGUCCACGAUUGUAGACUACGGACAUGACCAUGGGCCUGUGCAUCAUCUCAGCCAUUUCUGCGCCACGCGAUUCGUGUGGACGCUUAAAGUGACUGUGCCGUAUUUCCCUCCCGUAACCAUUCCCGAAUGCCUUAUGUCUACUACAAAUCAAAAUCAAUAUUCUAUGACAGAGGAAACACGUCUACAGCGAAGGUCCUUUUUAUAUAUUUUUUUCAGUCCUCAGACAUACGGAACAUCUUGGGAGGGAUGUUGAUGCAGGCACCGCUAUAUUAUGUGUGUGUGUGUGUGUCUGUGUACACGUAUAAAUGUGUUAGUGUCAGUGUGGCCCCGAGACUUACGGAGUGCAUUUAAAUUAACUUCGCAGAUACAUUAAUCUAUAUGAACAUUUGCUAUUGAUGGUACAAUAAGGACAUGUAUAUUUUAUGUGCAUUGGGAAGUCAUUGUGAUCGUUAAGUGACAGAGCCCAUGUGUGUUUGCGAUUGUGAGAAUUUGAAUGUAUAAAUUAAUGCCAAGCAAA